CAUGUACGUGACCCCUUUGCGUGUCAAAGCGAUAGAGUGGACCCAAAAACCACAAUGAUGCUCAAAGAUCAAAACCCAGUUGAGUAAAGUACCAAAGCACCACCAGAACAUUGCCAUUUGCCAAAAAAAUUAAUCUUAUUUGAUUUUAGCCAGUGGAGUAGACUAAAAUAUAUAAAAGAAGCUUUUGGCUGCUGCAAAAACCAAAUUUAUUUUAUUUUUUUGUUUGCCUAUAAAAGAAGAGCCUAGUGGGGACGUACGAACACACAAACACACAGAAUAUAUCAACAGUUGAUUCUUUCUUUGGGUUUAUACUGUCUGUCUAUCUGGGAUGGAUUUGCUUCCGGCAGAGAACUCACAGAUCCCAAAGAAACAUCGGUUCAGGUCCCUGAAGCUAGUGAACGUGGACAUGGACCAAGUCCUUGCUCAACAACCUGUUGGUGUUCACUAUGGCAGGCUUGACAAUGGUCUCUUUUACUAUGUCCGUUCCAAUUCUAAACCCAGAAUGAGAGCUGCUCUUGCUCUUGCUGUCAAAGCUGGAUCAGUUUUGGAAGAGGAGGAUGAACGUGGAGUUGCUCACAUAGUUGAGCAUCUUGCCUUCAGUGCCACUAAGAAAUACUCAAACCAUGAUAUUAUCAAAUUCCUUGAAAGUAUUGGGGCAGAAUUUGGUGCUUGUCAAAAUGCAGUAACUUGUGCUGAUGACACUGUAUAUGAGAUGUUUGUUCCCGUUGACAAGCCUGAUCUGUUAUCUCAAGCCAUUUCGGUCCUGGCAGAAUUUAGUUCGGAGGUUCGAGUCUCAAAAGAUGAUUUGGAAAAAGAAAGAGGAGCUGUAAUGGAAGAAUACAGAGGGAAUCGGAAUGCUGCCGGAAGAAUGCAGGAUGCACAUUGGGUUCUGAUGAUGGAAGGUUCCCAGUAUGCUGAGCGCUUACCGAUUGGAUUAGAGAAGGUAAUUCGGACGGUGUCUCAUGAGACUGUGAAGCAGUUCUAUAGGAAGUGGUACCAUUUAUCUAAUAUGGCAGUCAUAGCUGUUGGAGAUUUUUCUAAUACGCAGAGUGUAGUUGAGUUGAUAAAGACUCAUUUCGGACAAAAGAGUUCGGCACCUGAGCCUCCUCUUAUACCAAAAUUUACAGUUCCAUCUCAUGAGGAACCACGUUUUUCAUGUUUUGUUGAAUCUGAAGCUGCUGGGUCUGCAGUUAUGAUUAGCUAUAAGAUGCAAGCGGAUCAGCUGAAAACGGUGAAGGACUAUAGGGAUUUACUUGCGGAAUCCAUGUUUCUUUAUGCUCUAAACCAAAGGUUCUUUAAGAUCUCUCGUAGAAGGGAUCCACCCUAUUUCUCAUGCUCAGCUGCUGCAGAUGUUCUAGUGCGUCCGUUAAAGGCCUAUAUAAUGACUUCAUCUUGUAAAGAAAAAGGGACUGUUGAGGCCCUAGAGUCAAUGCUGAUUGAGGUUGCAAAGGUACGGCAACAUGGUUUUUCAGAACGUGAAAUAUCUAUUGUUCGAGCCUUACUGAUGUCAGAGAUUGAAUCUGCCUACUUGGAGCGUGAUCAAAUGCAAUCAACAAGCUUGCGGGAUGAAUAUUUACAACAUUUUCUGCGCAAUGAACCUGUUGUUGGGAUUGAAUAUGAGGCUCAACUCCAGAAAACUCUUCUACCUUAUAUAACGGCAUCAGAGGUAUCCAAAUAUUCGGAAAAGUUAAGAACAUCAUGCAGCUGUGUCAUAAAGACAAUUGAGCCUCAAGCUUCUGCAACAGUAGAUGAUCUGAAGAAUGUAGUGUUGAGGAUCAAUAUUCUUGAGGAAGAGAGGAACAUUUCUCGUUGGGAUGAUGAACAAAUUCCAGAAGAAAUUGUCAGUUCAAAGCCAAAUUCAGGGAAUAUUGUGCAGCAGUUUGAAUAUCCAAUUGUUGGAGCUACUGAAUUAAUUCUAUCAAAUGGCAUGCGAGUUUGCUAUAAGUGUACAGACUUUCUUGAUGACCAGGUUAUCUUUACAGGCUUCUCAUAUGGGGGUUUAUCAGAACUCCCAGAGAGUGAAUAUUUCUCUUGUUCAAUGGGACCAACCAUUGCUGGAGAAAUUGGUGUAUUUGGUUAUAGACCAUCAGUAUUAAUGGACAUGCUUGCUGGCAAGAGAGCUGAAGUCGGUAUGAAUCUUGGAGCAUACAUGAGAAGUUUCUAUGGUGAUUGUUCACCAUCAGACCUGGAAACUGCCUUGCAGCUUGUCUAUCAACUAUUUACAACAAAUGUAACACCAGGAGAAGAAGAUGUCAAAAUAGUGAUGCAAAUGGCCGAAGAAGCAGUUCGUGCUCAAGAGAGGGAUCCUUACACUGCUUUUGCAAACCGUGUGAAGGAGCUCAACUAUGGAAACUCCUAUUUCUUUAAGCCCAUUAAAUUAAGUGACCUUCGAAAAGUUGAUCCAUUAAGAGCUUGUGAAUUUUUCAACAAGUGUUUCAAAGAUCCAUCAACUUUUACUGUUGUGAUUGUAGGGAAUAUUGUUCCGACGAUUGCACUUCCCUUAAUAUUGCAGUAUUUGGGUGGAAUACCAAGGCCUCCUGAACCUAUUAUGCAUUUUAACCGUGAUGACCUCGAAGGCUUACCAUUCACUUUUCCAUCAACCAUAAUUAGAGAAGUGGUCCGGAGCCCGAUGGUGGAAGCACAAUGUUCGGUUCUGUUAUGCUUUCCUGUGGAACUGAAAAGUGGAACCAUGGUAGAAGAGAUUCACUUUGUUGGGUUCCUGAGCAAACUUCUUGAGACAAAAUUAAUGCAGGUUCUGCGUUUCAAGCAUGGGCAGAUCUACUCUGCCAGUGUUUCAGUAUUUCUUGGCGGUAAUAAACCUUCUCGAACUGGUAAUGUUCGUGGUGAUAUUAGCAUAAAUUUCUCUUGUGAUCCAGCAAUCUCCGCAAAGCUGGCUGAUCUUGCUCUGGAUGAGAUAUUACUUCUUCAAGAGGAAGGACCUACAGAUGAGGAUGUUUCAACCAUCCUUGAAAUUGAGCAAAGAGCCCAUGAAAAUGGGCUUCAGGAGAAUUACUUCUGGCUUGACAGGAUUUUACGCAGCUACCAGUCAAGAAUCUAUUCUGGCGAUGUUGGCACUUCUUUUGAGAUUAUAGAUGAUGGGCGGUCCAAAGUUAGAAUAUCUCUGACACCAGAAACAGCAAAGUUGGCACUUCAGAGGAUACUACCUUAUCCUUGCAAAAAACAGUACACUGCAGUGAUUCUAAUGCCUCAGACAUCUCGCUUUAAGUUACUGAAAUCAUUCUUUCGAUCUACUAAGACCAGUUAUCACAGAGACGCAAAGAUUUUAGCAGGCAUUGCUGGUAUGGCGGUCAUAGGUCUUAGUUUGUGGAGAUAUUCAAGGAGUACCCUGAAAUCUUAGGAGAUGUACUUAGCCAAGUUAAAUAUAGUUGAGAAGUAUGAAGGUUUCCAACACAAGUCAGGAUGGAUUAUUUCUUCACUGUAGAUGGAUGUGAGAUGGUGCAUAUUACCUUCACAAGAGCUGGGAGGAACUACAUUACAAAUUUAUAUAUGGCCCCAAUGAAGGCUUGUAACAUAUAUGGAUACCCAUUUUUUAUCUGGUCAGCUAGGGUAGGAUGCACCACUUUCUAGGGGUGAUACGCAAUGUAGUAUUCAUUGCUGAACAGAUUACAUUGUGAAACAAAAUAGUUCUUGUGAAAUUUGGCUGAAGACUCCAAAACAAUGCUGAUAAUUUGUUCGAUUAGCAUGGCCUGGCUUCUCUAAUGGGGUUUCCCCUUGUGUCGAAUAGGAUCGCAUGUGUAUGAUAGAAUUUGAAACUCAUGAGGUAUGUUUCAUGAUAAUUGUUUUUUAAUUGGUUUACUUUUAGUUAUAGAUGGGGAUUUCAAUUCA